CCGUGGGAACCGAAUAGAUUACCUUGCCUUGAAUGAUGGACCUGAAGACUGGAUAUCCUGCCCGGACGGGCCGAUCCCAUCAUCCCCACCAUUUGACCAUAGCCAAUCAGCAAUUGGUACCAUCUUCGAUUCCCUUCAUGAGUCUUUUGAUGAAGUUCUACCUUCAGAGUCUGCCUCGUAGCCGCCAGCCUCGAGCUCGCUAAGCUCAACCCCACGACAAAAGAAUGACUGGAUGUGGAGGCAUCUUGUGAUAACAGAAUUUCCUGGCGAAUGGAUGGAGAAAAGAAAUCAAAGGAAGAUGGACACUGAUCGAGAAAUUCGCUGUGCUGUCACCGGUGAAGAUGGAAGACAGUGCAACUGGUCUACAACAGACUCAAAAAGACAUGGCUCUACCACCAAUAUUCGUCACCAUUUGAAAGAGAAGCAUGGUGUCCUACCGCCCAAUGUCUCUAUCCCCGAUACAUCUUCAAAGACUAACCUUAUCAGCCUUUGGGGUAAGAAGGGAAAGCUUACCGUUCAACAAGCUCUUGAGAAGAACCUUCUUCGCUGGGUUAUUAGCAGCAAGCAACCAUUCACAGUUAUUGAAUCGCCGGCAUUUCAGCAAUUGCUCAAAGACAUACCAGGUGUUUCGCUUCCUUUUACCUCUCGCCAUACACUUCGAGAGCGUCUUUUGGAAGAUUUCAACCUACAUCGCAUGAGGUUGAAAAAUGAGCUUGCAACUACAUGUCAAACAAUCGCUCUGUCCCUUGACGUGUGGACUAGCAAAAACCAUAUUCCAAUUCUUGGUGUCAUUGGCCAUUGGCUUACAGAAGAAUUUGAAUAUCGAGAGAGAGUCCUUGAAUUCAAAGAGCUCCAUGGCCCCCAUAGCGGAGAAAACUUAGCCGCGGCUAUUCAAGCUCUGCUUAUUGAAUUGAACCUUGAACGCAAGCUUCUUUCAAUUACUGGCGACAAUGCUAGUAACAAUGAGCGGAGGGCAGUACAACUAUUCGAUAAUCUCCAGAAGACAUAUGGGACCGAUUCCCUCUUCUGUGGCUUGGAUAGUUACAUACGAUGUCUAGCUCAUAUCAUCAACCUUAUUGUGAAGGAUAUCCUACAGGCUCUUAAAUCAGGGAGUGCAGAAGAAGCUGCUUCUAUCUGCAACAACCUCGACAAAGGAGAACACCAGCCGUGUGAGUUUCAGUCUCUCGGACCAUUAACAAAACUUCGAAUCCUAGCUUUGUGGAUUCAACGGAGUCCACAACGGAGACAAUCAUGGAAUGAGACUUGCGACCGCAUGAACCUAUCUAAUAAGUUCAUCGAAUACGAUGUCGAUACACGGUGGAAUUCAACCUUUCGUAUGCUAGGGGAUGCUCUAAAGUCAAAGCGUCAGCUUGAGAAGUUCAUCUACUAUGAGACCAGCUUUAUUUCUUUCUCAGCGGAAGACUGGAUACGACUUACCCAUAUUCACAAUGUUCUUUCAAAAUUCAAUGAAUUUACCUUGUUUGUCUCAGAGAAAAAGCCGCAGAUUAGUCUUGUGUUACCAAUAUACUACGAGCUCCAUGAUUUAUUGCAUGACGUGGCUGAGCGUAAGGACGACUUUGCAGAUCUUGCCGAGGAUAUCGCAAGAGCCGUUGAGGGAAGUAUCAAGAAGUAUAUGAAGUAUUACACCUUCAUGGAUGCCUCUGAUCUAUACUAUACUGCACUUGUCUUGGACCCUCGUGUGAAAGGAGCUCUCCUCCUAAAUGAACUGGGCGAGGAAAACGCUGGGAGGAACAUCCUCCAAGCUCUCCGUGAUGACCUCCACCGCAGAUAUCCUGGGACUACUGAGCCCCUGGGUAUGACAGAGCUACUCGAGCCUAGUUAUAAAAAGCAAAAAGUGGGUAGCCGGAUGUUACAAAGACUACAGUCUCAAGAUAGUCCUCGAUUCUCUGACAUUGAUCGGUAUUUUGAUAGCGCUCGGGCUGAAGUAAGUGAUAUGGAGGAUCAAAACUGGCUGUGCGAUUGGUGGAAGGUGCAUAAAAAGGAAUACCCUCGGAUGGCUGCUGCUGCCAGGGAUUACCUAGCAAUCCCGGCUUCUGAAGUCUCAGUCGAGAGACCAUUCAAUAAAGGAAGAGAUGUGCUUGGUGUACGACGAUUCUCUAUGAAGGGAGAGACGUUGAGAAUCUUAAUGCUGUUAGAUGAUGUAUAUAAUUGAUGUAAUUAUUUGACAAUGCAGAGAUGUGCAUAGUCCUAUUCAUGCCAAACGGAAACCCC